AUGUCCAGUAUGGAAGAAGCCAUCCAGCGUGCGCGCGCGGCGCAGCAGAACCGCAAGCAGGACCAACAACAAGAACAGCAGCGCAUCUACCACAUCAAGCACCCGAACCAGGCGGAGACAUUGCAACAAGCCACCGGCGUACCCACAGACGCGCCCCCUCCGGCCUACCUGCUCGACUGGGACGCUCCCGGGGGCGGGAGUCGGAAGACGGCCCUGGCCACGGCCGGGGAGUGGCGCGCGGCUCUCGAAGCAGCCACGGCCAGGUCCGACGGCAGCAGUAAUCAAUGGCGCCUGUUCGUGCUGCACGGCCUGCCGGCAGGCCACCUCGACGCCGUGCUCGCCUGCCUGGACGUCGACCCGGCGUUUGUCGAAGCCCACGCCGGCCGCUACCGCUACCGCCCGGCGCUGAGGCGGCGGCGGCGGGCCCAAACCAACGAGACGGAGACACGCUUCGCCGUCUACGAAUACCCCGAACUCGUCCAGCGCACCGCCACCAUGUCCAGGGAAACGACGGUGAGCAGAAGGUUCGUCGACCUGAUGGACGCGCCGCCCGUCGUCGCGACCAUGGCG